GCCCGGCUCCAUAAGGCCGCGGGCCGCCGGCCGGACCCAGCGCCCCAGCCCGGGACGGGCGAUGCGGACGCGGAACGCCAUGGCCUGGGCCCGGCCGGUUCGCGCUUGCCUCUGCCUCCUGCUGCUGGCCGUGCCCGGCCAAGCGGGCCGCGCGGGUUUCCAGCAGGUUUCUCUGUUGUCUUCCUAUGAAGUUGUAAUCCCACAGAGGUUGGGAAGAGAGCGGCGAGAGGCCUCCAACGUCUCCUCGGUACAGGACAAGGUGUCAUAUGCCAUCGAGAUAGAGGGAAAAGAACACAGGAUUCACCUAGAAAAGAACAAAGAUCUGCUGCCCAAAGAUUUCACAGUUUAUACCUAUAACAAAGAGGGGAAGUUGCAAUCUGAAUAUCCAGAUGUCCAGGAUCACUGCCACUAUCAGGGGUACGUGGAGGGGACCCUGGAUUCUGUGGUGGCCGUCAGCACUUGCUCGGGGCUCAGGGGUUUGGUGACAAUAGGGAACAUCACCUAUGGGAUUGAGCCCAUGGAUUCCUCUCCUGGCUCUAAACACAUUUUAUAUCGAUUGGAUAAUGUGAAGAAAGAGCCCACAAUGUGUGGAGUAACCACUGGAGCAGACCAUGAGGGGGAAGAUGGAGAGGAAAGUCACCAUCCCAGCAUGACUCAGCUGCUGCGAAGAAAGAGAGCAGUCCUCCAUCAGACAAGAUACGUGGAGCUGUUCAUCGUUGUGGAUAAAGAAAAGUUUGAAGAUUUUGGGAAGAGUGAAACAGAAGUAAGAGAACACAUGGUGCAACUGGCAAACUUCCUUGACAGUAUGUACAUCAUGUUGAACAUCCGUGUUGUGCUGGUUGGACUCGAGAUCUGGAAGUAUGAAAACAUCAUCAGCACGGAUGGAGGGGCUGGGGAUGUGCUGGCAAACUUUGUGCAGUGGAGAGAGAAGAACCUGGUUCUGCGCCGCAGACACGACAGUGCCCAGUUUGUCCUGAAGAAGGGGUUUGGUGGCACGGCUGGGAUGGCCUACGUUGGGACAGUGUGCUCCAAGAGCCACGCUGGAGGCAUUAAUGUGUUUGGAAGAAUCAGUAUACAGAUGUUUGCAUCCAUUAUGGCUCAUGAGCUGGGACAUAACCUGGGGAUGAACCACGAUGAUGAACGUGUCUGUCACUGUGGAGCAAGCAGUUGUAUUAUGAGCUCUGGAGCAUCAGGAUCGAGGAACUUCAGCAGCUGCAGUGCAGAAGACUUUGAGAAGCUCACCCUCAACAAAGGUGGGAGCUGCCUGCUCAACGUUCCCAAGCCUGAUGAAACCUACAGCGUCCCCUACUGUGGGAACAAGCUGGUAGAUGCUGGGGAGGAAUGUGACUGUGGGUCACCAAAGGAGUGUGAAAGUGAUCCUUGCUGUGAGCCAGGGACUUGCAGGCUGCAGUCUGGGGCUGAAUGUGCUUAUGGUGACUGCUGUAAAAACUGCCAGCUCCUUCCUGGGGGAACUGAGUGUCGGGCGAGAAACGACGAGUGUGACCUCCCGGAGUAUUGCAACGGCACGUCGCAGUUCUGCCAGCCCGACGCCACGGUGCAGAACGGCCACCCCUGCCACAACCAGCAGGCCUACUGCUACAACGGGGUCUGCCAGUACUAUGAUGCCCAGUGUCAGGAUAUCUUUGGCUCAAAAGCCAAAGCAGCCCCCAACAUUUGUUUUGCUGAAGUGAACUCCAAGGGUGACAGAUUUGGCAACUGUGGUUUCCAUGGCCAUGACUACAAGAAGUGUUCCAGCUGGAAUGCCAUGUGUGGGAAGCUGCAGUGUGAGAAUGUGAAAGCUCUGCCAGUGUUUGGAAUUAAGCCUGCUAUUAUCCAGACUCCCAUUGGAGGCACCACGUGCUGGGGUGUAGAUUUCCAGCUGGGCUCCGACGUCCCAGACCCAGGAAUGGUGAAUGAAGGCACCAAAUGUGAUACUGGGAAGAUCUGCAGACACUUCCAGUGUGUGAGUGCCUCUGUCCUCAACUACGACUGUGACGUGGAGAGGAAAUGCCACGGACACGGGGUGUGCAAUAACAACAGGAACUGUCACUGUAAAGAAGGCUGGGCCCCUCCUUACUGUGACACGAAGGGCUACGGGGGAAGCGUGGACAGUGGCCCCCCUUACAAUGACACCUCACUCAGAGAUGGGCUGCUGGUGUUUUUUUUCCUGGUCCUCCCACUCCUUGUGGCUGCUGCUCUGGCAUUUGCAAAAAGAGACAGGCUGAAGAGAGGCUGUAGGAGAUGGAUGUCACGCUGCCACUCGUCACGUCAGCCACCACCUCCCAGAGCUGAGGCUGAGCCAAGGGCCUACCCCCACAGAGGCUUCUCCCACGGCAUGCCUUGUGCCCCAAGGCAUAUGGAACCAAAUACCUUUCCUGUUCCAUCUUACCCAGUUCACCAGCAUCCUCAGCAGCCCUACCACCCCUCCUACUACCCAGCCCCGCAGUACCAGGCGCCGCAGCCGCAGAAGCUGCCCACAAGGACCCCAGCUGGGACUGGAGCUGCCUGCUCCAAGAACCCUUCCAGUACAGCAAGUGGGAGCUGCUGUUGGUAUCCCCGUGAAGAAGGAGAUGCUUUGGUGUGUUGGCAUCUUUCUAAAGGUGAAGAACUGGAGCAACCCCCACAGUGUUCUCCCAAACAAGGAAAUCUGGCCAGUUACACUCCCUUUGCGUGGAGGAAUGAACCAUUCCCGGGUGAAUGGCACAAGGGAAGUGAGGAGUGGGCUUAUUCAGAGGGAGACAAACCCCUUGUGAACAUGUUACUGCAUGUGUGUGUGUUUCUUGAUGUGUAACAAUACCUUUACCUUCUCCCUUCCAUGCUGACUGACCCUGAGCUGUGCUCCCUGAGCACUGGGGCUAAUGGUUUUAAGUCAUUGUGAGUUGCUAAAUGAGAAUCUCUACUAAUUCCCACUAACAGCCAGCAAUGGGCAGGGGAAAGAAAGGUACAAAAAGGAUGUGGCCACAGGCUGGGUUGAAAAAAAUGAGGCUCUCUUAGGUUUUAAUGUGAGGCUGGAGACCAGGAGCAAUCCCUGCAGGGCACUAAGCAGCCAAACAGCUCCUGAGCUGCUCAGAGCACUGGGAACAGGAGUGUGUUGGCUCAGGCAGCCUCUCCACCUCCCCUCCACCCUUCCUGCUGUCAGUCAGGAUGCUCCCAGCUCCCUCAGCCUGCCUGGCUCAACUAGAGCUGGAAACUCUUGGCUGGAAAGGAGCUUUUUAGCGUUUUGGGGUGAUGGUUUGGAGGUGUGUUGCACACCCAGGGCAGGGCUGUGUGCUGUGGGUGGAGGCUGAGUGCUGGUGGUCACAAAUAGGAGCCAAUUUGCUGAAAGCAAGGACUUGAGCAGUGCUUGGCUUUUCCACUUUGUGCUGGCCACUGAGUGCAAACUCAACCUGUAAACCCCCCCCUUAAUUUUGCCAACCCCCCACUUCUGUGUAUAUGCAUCUACAGAUAUAUAGAGUGUUGGCCUCUGCAGUAAUAAAAUACUUGAACUUCUGUGGUUUCCCAUAACCUUAGACUAAGCUUUAUAACACUAUUAGAAUAGGUAAAACAUCACCUAAAUGCCACCAGACAGGGCUUUGGGGGGAAUCUCCCAAGUUUAACCCCUUCCUCUUUGUAUUCUCCUGGGUCUGGGCUGUCUGUCAGCAUUGGGGAGGGGAGAGGGGGGUGUCCUGGGGACCUCCUCAGCCCCAGGCUGCCAUCACCCACGAGAGAGGGAUGUGCUGACUCCUACCGGUGUGUGUGAAACUAAAACUGUGCUGCAAAUGGUGCCUUUUCAUAGUUAAAAUGAGGGGGUUUUCUAC